GCUAGGGCCGCUGUCGAACGCGGUGGCUGUAACCGCUGCCCUCUUGGCCCGCCGUCGCUUUGCUGGGCUGGGGAGAUGGUGAAGCUAGCUGCCAAGUGUCUCCUGGCAGGAGAUCCAGCUGUGGGGAAGAGUGCUUUAGCCCAGAUGUUCCGCAGCGAUGGGGCUCACUUUCAGAAGAACUACACACUGACAACGGGCAUGGAACUGUUGGUGAAGGCUGUAUCAGUUCCAGAGACAAGUGAUAGUGUGGAAUUCUUCAUUUUUGACUCUGCAGGAAAAGAUCUAUUUUCUGAAAUGCUGGAGAAACUGUGGGAGCAACCUAACGUCUUGUGCCUCGUGUAUGAUGUCACUAAUGAGCAAUCUUUCAGCAACUGUGCCAAGUGGUUAGAGAAGCUGAGGGCUCAAGCAGUUGGAGUGCACGUCCCAGGUGUCUUAGUGGGGAAUAAAACAGACCUGGUUGGUCGUCGAGUUGUGGAGCAGAAAGAAGCACAGGACUGGGCUGAGAAGCAUGGUCUGGAAUACUGUGAGAUGUCAGUGAAGGAGAUGAAAAAUUUCAAGGCUCCUUUCCUCAUCCUGGCAAAGUCAUUCCACCAACUCUACAAAGAGAAAGUGGAAACUUUUCACUCACUAGCUUGAGGGCUGUGACUGGCACAACUUAUUUAUCCUCUAAGCUUCUUCUAGUGGCCAGAAUCCUGCAGGAUGGAACACAGAGAGAAGGAAAAAGUUGAGCUUUUUUGCUUCUUCAUGGUCAUCUUCUGGUAAUUCAAAAUAAACUAGAAAUAAGCAAGUGGAAAGACACUCUUCUGAACAUGCUACCUCAGCAUUCCUUUCAUGUCCUCUAACUUGGUUCUCUGCUCACUGAAAUUCUGCUGGGUUGGAGGAGGCGGAGAGUAAAAGGGGAGGGCAGAAUGGAAACUGCCAGCUUUUUGCUUUCGUAUUGUCUUGCCUCUUGUCUGAACAGACUUCCUGCUGCUUCAAGCAAGGAUUUAGAGGUUUGGAGAAGGAGAGAGGAAGCUGACAGGAUGCUUCUCAACACAAGCAACUCAACCUUGAUAGAUACAUUGCAGGGCAGGACUGAUUUGUCCCUGCUGCUUGACAAGCAUUUUCAGUAGGCAGCUCACGCCCUAAAACCAACACAUGGGAAACCAAGAUGCAUGGAGACCAAGCUGGACCUGGGGGUGUUUCUAGGAGUUUCCAGAGUUUGAGGCCUGUUAACAGUGUUACCCUUAUCAGUUAAAGAGCAGAUAUGCUGAUGACUAAUACGUGACUCUGACUCCUAGAAUCUGGUUCUUUUCUUCGACGUGGCUCACUUUCAUUGCCUGGCAGGAGCUGUCGUUCAUCCGUACUGCUGUCACUUGGUACAGCAGUGCCCUCUGCUGGUGACAGAUCACAAGAUUUCUCAGGAAGCUGCCUCUCCCGCGGCGAGCAGGUCUUGCUACAGACCCGUCCCAUUUGGCUUUCCUGCGAAAUGGGGUCAGACAGCACGAAUAUUGCUUUUGUUCUAAAGACAAGUCCGAAAGUUAAACCAUUAAAAUUUUAAACAUUUAAUCUGUUCUCCUUCAAUCUCGUUGUCAUCUUACAUGGUUUUGUGUCAUUUUUCUUUUGUCAUAUGAACUUGGCAAUUCCAUGUUCUCCUGAGGUUCAGUUCUCAGUCCUUUGCUAGAAUCAGAGCCCUCUGUGUUGAUAAACUUUCUGUGCUCGUCCUUGACUUUUAGAGUGAAGACCAUGACUCUGGUGUCGCCAGUGGAAAUAGGACUAAGGAAAUGAAAGGCAGCUUGGCUAAGUUACUCUGACUCAGCCCUGUCUGGCUACCAGUUUGGUAUCUGGCAGGGUAAAAGCUUAGAGAGAGCUGCUCUUUUGUGUGGAGCACUGCUGCUGCAUAUGUAAGAGUCUGCUCAGGCAGUACGUGAAAGCAUCCAGGGUAAGGUACUGCCUUGUAACCGAGCCUAACACGGAGAACUUCAAGACUGCAACCUUUCCCUUCUGCCAGAUUAUGUUAGCCUCCCUUGGGCAAGGGAAACUGAAUUUUGUGGAGAGUAAUUUUUUUUGCAGAGAGUGAUUUUUCAGGCAGGCUUUUCAGGAAUCUGUGUUUCAAGACUUUUAUACGUGCGGUUUAUAACCAUUUUUAUGCUCGGUGCUGGGGAAAGUUAUAUUGGAUUGAACGCAGGAAAUAUGGCUGCAGAUGUUGUAGCAGAGUUUAUGAAGCACUUCAAGAAUCUAGAGAAGCAGCUGGGCUCAUUUCACUGUGGAUGCUGGGAAUUAGCUAGGGAGCAUGAAUACCAGCUAAGGAGGUUAAGUAAGCUCAGCCCACAAGAAAAGAAAAUGAGUAUGUUCUUUGGCUAAAAACCACCUCAGAAAAGAUAGAACCAUCUGGGAAAGCUCUUCCUUCCUCCAAAGAAGGAAGGACUCCUCCAUGGGCUUAGGGUGACUAGAAGACUCAGUCUUUUUUAAAUUGGAUUAGCAUUACUGGCAUUUAUAUUUUAUAUGAGUUGUCUUGUUAAUCCUUGGGGGUGUCCAUUGAUCUGCAUGGGCUGAGAGGGGUCCUGCCUGCAGGUGCUGGUACCUCUGACUUAGGAAUAAAAAUUAUUUUGGAUGCUGUGCAGAUCUAGUUAAAGAACUAAAGGUUUGGUUUGGUAGCUUGUUUGCCCUUAGUUCUAUGGGUGAUGUGAUUCCAAUACUAGAGAGAUGAUUUUCAUACUGAAAAUAGCGUGCCAGGUGUGUGUGCCACCUGUGAUGUGGUAUAUGGGGGGAUGAAUGUCUUGGGAAUGGGUGAUAAAAUUAAUCCUAUGCAGUCUUUAACCAGGGAGUUCAGUCUCUCUGCACCAGAAGGGCCUCCCAUAGCUUCAGAUAAACAGUCUAAAUGCACCAGUAAGAUGAAGACUGGUGAACACUGUUUUAUUAAAUGAAUGAAAAGAUGGAGGAUCUUAUUAAGGGAAUGCUUGCAGUGGUGAUUUGUGACUUAUAGGGAAGCUGCUUUUGAGAGGUUAAAGAAGAAAAAUGUAUCCCAUGCAGGGAAAGAUGUAUUGCCUGAGAGAGGAAAUGUAUGAUCUAAUUAGCUAGCAGUAGGGAUUCACCCACUGCCCCUUUUCCUCUUUCCACAGGCCAUGACUAGAAAUAGAAAAGAGGUUGUCUCUAAAGCAUGUUGCCCAGCUUGCUUUUUACAUGACUAAUGUAGACACCAUUUCAUGUCCUUCAAAAGGGCAUGUUUGUCAAGAACCAUCUCAGUCCUUCCAAAUGCAUUUUAAAAGCAACAUAUUGUCCUUCCUGGCUAAGGUGCUGUAUUAUACCAGCAUGAUGCAGGUGAUGCUUGUUGCUGUUUCCCUGGCUUAUUUGUGACCUUGGUUGUAGAGGCCAGGAGUGAAGAGUGGGUAGAGAGCCAGGUAUGGGAAGGCUGUGGAAAACAGUUCUGUGAAAGGGCUUAGGGUAGUGAGGAGGUGAACUGGACCAAAAGGAUGAGUCAGAGUCUAAAGUCAUUACCAAGUUUCUCUUACUGUGUUCAGGAAUGUCUGCAGGGUGAGGAUAUGUGUUUGCUGCUUAUAGCCUUGCAUCACUCUGAAUUACACAGUGGAGAGCAGUGGGAGGAAGGCAGAAAGCCUGUGUGCUGACUGGAAAGCUUCUUGUCUUCUUACAACUCCCCCACUUUGUCCAGCUGUGCAGUGCUGCAGGUGCUCAGCAUGGUGGUUUACAACCCAGAAGAGACCCAGCUCGACCAGCACUGAAAUCUCAAAAGAAGGAGAGGGAAACAAACAGGCCUUUAACCACUUCUGAGAGAGGAUAGCCCUGCUUUUUUCCCUGAUUGCUUGUUUGAUGAGACAAAAACCUUCUUUCCUCCUUGGAGUCCCUCCUUCUCACCUUUCCUUUGGUCCUCAUGGUUCUGCUGCACAGCAUCCCUGUUAUACUUGUGCCCUGCUUUACUUAGCUUGAUACAUCACCAACUGAUUUUGAUUAUU